UGCGGGGCUUGUCAGGUGGCUGCUGGUGCUUCCCCACCGAAUUGGCCUUCUCUCCCCCCUCUCUCUGUCUCUCUACAGAUCACUUCCCAAGAGGAGCCUGCUGCUAGAACGUUUGUCAUCACAGCUCAGGAAGUUCCUUCACACAGAGGCAACCUUUGCCUGUGACGGUGUGCUUGCCAACAUGGCACCCAAAAAGAAGACAGUCAAAAAGACCAAAGGCGACAUUAAUGAGAUGACCAUCAUCGUGGAAGACAGUCCCCUAGCCAAACUAAAUGCUUUGAACGGGCUCCUGGAAGGAGGCAAUGGCCUUAGCUGCAUUUCUUCUGAGCUAACAGAUGCUUCCUAUGGCCCCAACCUCCUGGAAGGUCUAAGUAAAAUGCGGCAGGAGAGCUUCCUUUGCGACUUAGUCAUUGGCACCAAAACCAAAUCCUUUGAUGUGCACAAGUCGGUGAUGGCUUCCUGCAGUGAGUACUUUUACAACAUCCUGAAAAAAGACCCAUCCACUCAAAGGGUGGACCUCAACGACAUCGCCCCGCUGGGCCUGGCCACCGUCAUUGCCUAUGCCUACACGGGGAAGUUGACUCUCUCCCUGUAUACGAUAGGAAGCAUCAUUUCCGCUGCCGUUUAUCUUCAGAUCCACACGCUUGUAAAGAUGUGCAGUGAUUUUCUGAUACAGGAGAUGAGUGUUGAGAACUGCAUGUACGUUGCUAACAUUGCUGAAACGUACUCCCUGAAGAACGCAAAAGCCGCCGCCCAAAGAUUUAUCCGGGAUAACUUCCUUGAAUUUGCAGAAUCAGAGCAGUUUAUGAAACUUACCUUCGAGCAAAUUAACGAACUCCUCAUAGAUGAUGAUUUACAGUUGCCUUCUGAAAUAGUAGCAUUCCAAAUUGCUAUGAGAUGGCUAGAAUUUGACCCAAAGAGAGUGAAAUACGCUGCAGAUCUUCUGAGCAAUAUUCGCUUUGGUACCAUCUCUGCUCAGGACCUGGUCAGUUAUGUUCAGUCUGUACCAAGAAUGAUGCAAGACGCAGAUUGUCACAAACUUCUAGUAGAUGCUAUGAACUACCACUUACUUCCUUAUCAUCAAAACACACUGCAGUCUAGACGCACAAGAAUCCGAGGGGGCUGCCGAGUCCUGGUCACCGUUGGGGGACGACCAGGCCUGACUGAGAAGUCUCUCAGCCGUGACAUCUUGUACAGAGACCCUGAAAAUGGAUGGAGCAAGCUGACAGAACUGCCAGCCAAGAGUUUUAAUCAGUGUGUGGCUGUGAUGGAUGGGUUUCUUUAUGUGGCUGGUGGUGAAGACCAGAAUGAUGCAAGAAAUCAAGCGAAGCAUGCGGUCAACAACUUCUGCAGGUACGACCCCCGCUUCAACACCUGGAUACACCUGGCCAGCAUGAGCCAGAAACGCACCCACUUCAGCCUGAGCGUCUUCAACGGGCUGCUCUACGCCGCGGGCGGCCGCAACGCCGAGGGCAGCCUGUCGUCGCUGGAGUGCUACGUGCCCUCCAGCAACCAGUGGCAGCCCAAGGCGCCCCUGGAGGUGGCCCGCUGCUGCCACGCCAGCGCCGUGGCCGACGGCUGCGUGCUGGUGACCGGCGGCUACAUCGGCAACGCGUACUCGCGCUCCGUCUGCGCCUACGACCCGGCCGCCGACGCGUGGCAGGAGCGGCCCGCCCUGAGCACGCCCCGCGGCUGGCACUGCGCCGUCACGCUGGGCGACAGGGUGUACGUGGUGGGCGGCAGCCAGCUGGGGCCGCGCGGGGAGCGCGUGGACGUGCUCACGGUGGAGGCGUACAGCGCGGCGGCCGGCCGCUGGAGCUACGCGGCGCCGCUGCCCGUGGGCGUGAGCACCGCGGGCGCGUCGGCGCUGCACGGCCGCGCCUACCUGGUGGGCGGCUGGAACGAGGGCGACAAGAAGUACAAGAAGUGCAUCCAGUGCUUCCACCCCGAGCUCAACGAGUGGACGGAGGAGGAGGAGCUGCCCGAGGCCACGGUGGGCGUGUCCUGCUGUACCCUGGCCAUGCCCAACCACGUGACCCGGGAAUCCCGGGCCAGCUCGGUGUCCUCCGUGCCCGUCAGUAUCUGAACCCAGGUAGAUGGAGGGCGGGGGACCGCGCAGGAAGCGCUGGUAUUUAUUGGUAGAGCCACGUGGGUAACCACUGAGGUAGCGAAAAGGAAAUAUGUAACAUUUACUACAGUGAUUUUAUUUGAAAAUAUGCGGGGGUUGGGGGGGGCAUGUGUCUUGAUGGUUGUAAAUUGCUGGUAUGGCAUAAUCUACCUCGAAGUCUUUUAUGUCCUUUUUUUUGUUGUUGAGCAAGCUACAGGGCCAUAGCCAACACAGGAGAGACACAAUUUUAGCGGCCACUGGGUGGCGGACGGAAUUCGAUGUGGGCACUCUUCCAAGGUGGCCAGUUCCCUAAACGUAUCGCAGUCACAGCCCCAUCAAAGAUGUUUUGCUUCCGUUGAAGAUUUUCUUUUUAUAUAAUCGUACUCCUGGACUUUUACAUGAGGAAACUAUUUCACGUGCAGUUUAUCUUCCUCGCUUUUCUUCCUUAAGAAGUUGAGGAUACUCAUUUUUAGAUUUUAUUUCUUUAAACCUCAGAGCCCAUCCACGUUCAUAAAAACUCGAGAAAACGUAAUUCUCUCUUUCAACCAAGGCUUUCAACCCGUUGGAAUUGGGUAAGUCAUGGCCAACUACGGAAACCUGGGACAGACCCAAAUGGUUAAAAUCUAGGGGAUCUGGAAGAGGAAAUUUUACAGGCUGAAGCCCUAGACUGGAAGACUCGGUGCGCGAGUCCACUGCGUGACAGUGGAUGGCUGCCUGUACCGCAGAGAGAGGCACACACUGAAAGGGGGUUCUGCUGGGCCUGGCUGGCUGUCUUCUUUGAGCCUGGCACAGUUGUCUUCAAUUCAGCCACUCAAGAAAUUUGGUUGCUAUGCAACAGGCACAGUUGCCCUUGUUUUCUAAGGGGCAGAUGAGGUCUAACUAUCGACCUGUAAUUUCUUCCAUUCUCAUUAACAUCCUGAUUCACCUACAUGG